AUGGAGAUUACAGCUUUGAAAAAGCAGCAUCUGGCAAUCAGCGACGCAGUACAUAUACUAAAAAUGGUCUUCAGUUUGCAUCUUCUUUCCACGAUACUUAUGACUUUCACUCAAAUUAUCUUUCAUCUGUACUUUUACUUAAUGCAAAUACACCUGGGUUUAUAUCUGAGCAAUGAAGAUAGACAGAUUUUUUUUGAGGCCUGUAUUAUAGCUGUAACAUAUUACUCUAUAAAAUUGAUGUUGAUAGUGUGGGCCUGCGAAACCGGCAAGAAUCAAGCCAUGGAAAUCAGUAGCACCGUUCACGACGUGUUCAAUAAUGCCAGCAAUAAGCAAAUAAAAUAUGAGAUGCGACUAUUUUCCUUGCAAUUAUCGCAUUGUGAAAAUACAUUCUCCGCAAAGGGGCUUACUGUGGACGCUACGCUCCUCACUGAGAUGGCAGGUGGCAUUAUCACCUAUGUAUUGAUCUUGAUACAAUUCCUGUUCAUGUCGAGUUCUUGCGGUGGAAAAUCUUUAAAGGAUACGAUCUAGUUAAUAAAAAGAUGCAUUUAAUUGAACACACAUGACCGAACAUAAAAAAGAUAUUUUUAAUAUUUUUUUUAUAUCUUUGUAAGUAGAAUAUCGUUGUGAGUAGAGUCGCUCGUGGUGUUUUAUGGUUAUAGAGAAACUUGUAUAUACUUAAAUAAUACAUUUACACAGAGAAAAUCUUAUAUCACAUA